GAGCGCAGCCUGCGCGGCUGGCGCCCCGCCUCACUCAGGGAGCCGGGCGCUCGCCGGCCUCGCGGAGAGUGCUCCCGGCCGUCGUCGUCCUGCGCACCGCCACAAAGUCCGGCUGCGGGGACGCCGUGUCCUUGUGCUGUCUAUCAGUCCGGAGUCCCCGCACGUCGGCCGGCACCGCGCAGCCGCACGUCGAGAGCCCGGUGCAUCGCCGCAGCGCGCGGAACACCACCCCCUCGGGCCGGCAGGCGGCUCAGCGCCUUAAGGUCCCCGCGCGCCCCGGGCCCAGCGCGGUCCUCGUGUCCCGCGGUCGGGACACCCCAAGGUCCCCGGGGACCCAGCUCUCCAAAGUCGUCGCUCGUCUCGGGACCCCUCCGAGCAGGCCAGGCCCCAAGCACUCCUGUUGUGCGCGCUCCUGCACGCCGGGCGUAUUCUGCUGAGAAACUGAACAAAAGUGGCCAUUUGUUCCCUUUGGAGAUUGGCGUGGACAAAAGUCCCUGGAAGGCCUUACAUGGAGGAUGGCCCAUUGGAAGCCAGGUGGCCUCAGGCCCUUUCCCAUUAGGCCCACUUGGUGUGUCGCACACCGAAGGUCUCAAAUGGCAGCUGGCAUCUCCAGGGCCUAUGGAUGUGGGCAGCUUCUUGGACCUCCAUGAGAGCACAGGGCCACCUGCAGCACCACCAACCAAGCGACACUGCCGGUCCCUGUCGGAACCAGAGGAGCUGGCUCGAUGCCGCUCCCCAUGGCGCCCUGGCAGCUCCAAGGUGUGGACUCCCAUCUCUAAGAGGAGGUGCAACAGUGGUGGGAGUGCCACCCUGCAGUGCUGCAGCGCUCUAGGGAGCCCUGCCCUGCAGGGGUGUUCAGGCCUGCCCAGGAGUUCUGUGUCACCGCCGACGCCCCGGCCAGCUUCAGCCAGCAGUGGCUUUGUGGAUGGCAGUGAGGGCAGUGCAAGCUCAGGUCCGCCUUGGCUUUCUGCAGGAUCCUGCCCGUUUUCCUCCAGGCGCCGACUGUCUCUCUCACAAGAGCACCUUGUAGAUGCGAACACUUGCCUGCCUUCAGCCAGCAGCACCCCCACAUCCACACCUGAGCUAGGCCGACACCAUGGCCUGCUCCGGUGCCGCUCACAGCCUUGUGUGUUGGAUGGGAGGAGGGUCCGGCGCAAGCGGAGACGGGAGGAGGAUGCCAGGUGGACACGGCCGUCCUUGGACUUUCUGAAAAUGACACGGACUUUAAAAAACUCAAAGAGCCUUUGCUCCCUGGACUAUGAAGAUGAUGAGGAUGAUACCCAGGCGAAGACUGUUGUGUCCUCCCCGUGUAACUCUCAGGGCCUUGUGGGCGUCAUCACACCUGGCUCCAGCCCAAGGAUCCCUAGACCUGGCCCAACCAGCCCCAGUGCCUGGGCUUCAGGGGAGCCAGAGGCCAGCACAGGAGAGGGUGGGAGCAGUGGGGAGCCCAGUGACUGGGACAGUGCAGGAGAGGAGGGUGUCUUCCCACUGGACCACAACGACCUGGACCUGGAGCAGAUCGAGAACAACUGAAUUUUGACUGAGCGUAGUUACUGUCUUGUCACCUUGGUGCCUGACCAGUGGAAAUAACUUGUGUGUUAUUUUGAAAAUUGAGGCGUAAUUUUGAUUCAGUUUUUCCUAAAGAAGUAUUUUGCAUUUUUAUGGCUUCUACAGUUUGGGAGAGCUUCUCUAUUUUGAAAUGGGUUUUCAGAGGGCAUUGUAUUAAACAUGGUUCUGCCUA